AUGAACGGCACUACACAGACAGACACUGACCCUCAUAGUCUUGGGCCAGAAGGAGACUUUCCACUGGUGGCCCUGAAAGCUAUCUAUGCCCUCAUAGGAAUUGGCGGUUUCCUGGGCAACGGACUGGUGUGCGUCGUCCUCCGGACCCAGAAACGGUCCUUCCGGUCGGUGACCAACCUGCUGAUCCUGAACCAGUCCGUCCUCGACCUGUUCAGCACCGCCAUUUUCCUUCUCCUCCGCCUUCCCCCCGCCAUCGACCGUCUCCCGGACACGCUGCUCGGGGAGUUGGUCUGCCGGCUGUGGGUGUCGGAGUACUGCAUGUGGUCUCUCAUCAUCGCUUCGACAGUCAACCUGGUGCUGGUGUCCCUGGAAAGGUACUUCGCCACCUGCUUCCCCGUCAGGCACCGGUUCCACUUCACCGCCCGCAAAGCCAAGGCGGGCAUGGCUUUUUCCUGGCUCUGGGGCUUCACCUACCAGCUGUAUUGGCUGAUCAUCCGGGACUUCAGGGGUGGGGUGUGUGACGUGUCGUGGUCCAGCCCCACCCUUCAGAUGGUCAUGGGCGUGGUUUUCUUCGUGCUUGAGUACCUCCUGCCCCUGAGCAUCAUGACGUUGGCAUACACGAGCAUCAUCUUAUUGCUUCGGCGCCGCCGCAGACUGGGCGGAAUUGUUGUCUGCAACGUUUUCCAGCGCGCCAAACGCAACGUGACAGUUACGUUGUGUUUAGUGUUCAUCUUCUACGUGUUGUGCUGGACACCAACGUCGGUGACGUACCUGCUAUACAACUUGGGCUUUCCGUACGAUUUCAACAGCACAAUGCACAUGGUGGUGACGGUUAUCGUGAUCUUGAAUGCGUGCGUCAAUCCCAUCAUCUACACGUUAAAAUAUGAGCAAUUCCAAAGACAGCUGAAGAUCAUUUUCUGCUCGAGGUCAUGCAAGAGAAACCGUGUCGGUGCACUCUCGGCAGAUGACGAUGCUCGACCAAGGAACCAAUUAAGAAACAUCUCACAACAUGUGCCUAAUUAG